AAUGUAUUGAUUGAUGACUCCCGCGCAACAUGCUUAUUCAUCGCAAAUCCGCCAUGAAGGACAGGCUGAGUUGACGUCUUUUCGGAUCGAUCUCAGCAUCCACAACCCGCAAUCCACAACCCUAGGUCCCGACAGAGCGGGUACUCUCAACAGUCAUCUCAUUGUUAUGCGACACCUGCCACGCCAAUCAAACAUAUACCCGAAAACCAGCUGACUCUUUCCCUACACUUCAACAUCGGAGUAUCCGCCUUACACCAACAAGCCCUUCUAUAUUCAGAGGUCGAGCAGUCCUGAUCGGGCGAAAGGUUUGCUGAUCCUUUGUCCAUUGUAGUCGAGAGCUGGGGUUGGAUGUGUGUAAGCGUCGAAAAAGUGGGGCAUUCCCGUCCGGUUGAAGGUUAGGGGCGUUCUAUUACUGUUUUGAGGUUGGAAGUAUAUAUUUUCAGCUCUUGUCAUCCCAAGUUUUGGUGUGUGGAAUGGGCGGUCGGAUGAUUAUAAAUGCAGCUGAGCUGAUUGUGCGAGUUCGGGAUGUGGACAUUGCAGAUUACUUAGUAUAGCAGACAUGGUCCUUGCGCGUUAUAGGGAAGUAGGGAAGUACGGAGUACGUAGACUGGGUGAGACGACGAAUCAAUCACCUUGAAACCCAACAAAAACCGUGAAACAGAAAUAGAAACAGAGAUCUACCAGAACCCCGCGGUGAUGAU